AUGACCAUAUUCCCUUGCUGUAUUGAAAAUGAAUAUGGAAAUAUCGAAAGCUCAUUUGGCCAGAGAGGGAAGGAAUAUGUUAAGUGGGCUGCUAACAUGGCUCUAGGUCUCGGUGCUGGGGUCCCAUGGGUCAUGUGCAGGCAAGUUGAUGCUCCAGGAAGUAUUAUAGAUGCAUGCAAUGGAUACUACUGUGAUGGAUACAAGUCAAAUUCGUAUAACAAGCCAAUUCUAUGGACAGAAGAUUGGGACGGAUGGUAUGCAACAUGGGGUGGAAGAUUGCCUCACAGGCCUGUUGAAGAUCUUGCAUUUGCCGUAGCACGCUUUUACCAGCGUGGAGGAAGCUUUCAGAAUUAUUAUAUGUAUUUUGGUGGUACAAACUUUGGGCGGACUUCUGGGGGGCCAUUCUAUAUUACCAGUUAUGAUUAUGAUGCUCCAAUUGAUGAAUAUGGACUGCUGAGUGAACCUAAAUGGGGACAUCUGAAGGAUCUACAUGCUGCUAUAAAGCUUUGUGAGCCUGCUCUUGUUGCUGCUGAUUCACCGCAUUACAUCAAAUUGGGACCAAAACAGGAGGCACAUGUAUAUGGCACAACAUGCUCCGCGUUCCUGGCAAACAUUGAUGAGCAUAAAUCAGCCUCUGUAACAUUCCUUGGUCAAAAAUAUAAUCUCCCACCAUGGUCGGUCAGUAUCUUGCCAGACUGUAGGAAUGUUGUGUUCAACACUGCCAAGGUUGGGACGCAGAUUUCCAUAAAAAGAGUAAACUUUGAUUUGCCUCUUUCUUCAGUUAUUUCCGAUAACAAAAUUUUGCAUAUCACAAAACCCUGGAUGACUGUGGAAGAGCCAAUUGGUAUUUGGAGUGAGAACAAAUUCACAGCCCCCGGAAUAUUGGAGCAUUUAAAUGUGACAAAGGAUCAUUCUGAUUACCUAUGGCAUCUAACCAGAAUAUUUGUUUCAGAUGAAGACAUCUCUUUUUGGGAGGAAAACAAGAUUAGUCCAGCAAUUACGAUUGAUAGCAUGCGUGAUGUGUUGCGUGUUUUUGUUAAUGGCCAGCUUACAGGCAGUGUGAUUGGUCAUUGGGUCAAAGUAGUGCAGCCUGUUAGGUUUGUCAAGGGAUAUAAUGACUUGUUGCUGUUAACUCAGACAGUUGGCUUGCAGAACUAUGGCGCUUUCCUUGAGAAAGACGGGGCAGGAUUUAGAGGACAUGUCAAACUUACUGGGUUCAAAAAUGGGGAUAUCGACCUCUCAACAUUGUUAUGGACUUACCAGGUUGGGCUUAAAGGAGAGUUUUUCAAAAUAUACACCAUAGAAGAAAAUGAGAAGGCAGGCUGGGCUGAGUUGUCAGUAGAUGCUGAUCCAUCCACUUUUACCUGGUACAAGACAUACUUUGAUAGCCCUGCUGGCACAGAUCCAGUUGCUCUAAAUUUAGGAAGCAUGGGAAAAGGCCAGGCUUGGGUCAAUGGUCACCAUAUAGGAAGAUAUUGGACACUUGUUGCUCCAAAAGAUGGAUGCCAAGAAAUAUGUGAUUAUCGAGGAGCAUACAACUCUGAUAAGUGCUCAACUAACUGCGGGAAGCCUACUCAAACCUGGUACCAUAUUCCACGUUCAUGGCUGCAGGCUUCAAGUAAUUUACUUGUAAUCUUUGAGGAAACUGGAGGGAAUCCAUUCGAGAUAUCAAUCAACUCACGUGCAGUUGGAACCAUCUGUGCUCAAGUAUCAGAGUCUCACUAUCCACCUGUCCAGAAGUGGUUCAAUCCAGAUUUUAUUGAUAAAAAAGGCAGAGUAAAUGAUCGGACACCAGAAAUUCACUUGCAUUGUCAAGACGGGUUUAUAAUAUCUUCGAUAGAAUUUGCUAGUUAUGGAAGUCCUCAAGGUCAUUGCCAGAAGUUUUCUCAAGGGAAUUGCCAUGCUUCGAAUUCCUUCUCCAUAGUUUCUGAGGCUUGCCUGGGAAAGAAUAACUGUUCAAUUGGAGUAUCAAAUCUUGUAUUCGGAGGUGACCCAUGCCGGGGUAUUGUUAAGACGCUAGCUAUUGAGGCAAGCUGCAGGUCACUACCAACUGUUGGUUUUUCUCAGCUCUGACUCUCUGAGAAGCCAAGCAGCUGUGUAAAGAAUGGAGUGGCCAGAGUGUGUGAGACUACUACAUGGCUAACAAGUAGCCUGGUUUGAUCUGAUUCUCGGGGUUAAGGGCAUGCAUAGAUGUUGCCUAAUCAGAUGAUUCGAAGGUGUAAAUAGGAAUAAAAGCAACUUGUUGAACACAUACCAGGUGGGGUUGAGCAACUCCAUGAACCAUGAAGUUAUGGGUUUCUAUAACAACCUGUAGCUGGAAAUGUUGAUUUGUAUAUAUCUACGGAAGAAAUCUUUUGCUUUAGUUCCGAUUUAUUUGUCUAUAGCAAUACAGAAGUAUAUGUCAGAUGAGCUCAAG